CUACAAUAAUAUGAUUUUGUCCGGUUAAAAGGUCUCAAAAAACAAGAUUUCAUUUUUCUACGUUCUCAACAUUACAAGGACUUGCCCUUUCACUCUAUUUUUUAAGCUUUUUUUCUCAUUGUGUCUCGUCUCCUAUAUAAACAUAAAAUUAGAAAGUAAAAUUUUGUUCCGUUAGGUAAAAGUUUCCUUCUAGUACUGUCCUACCAACAUCCAAAAUUGUGAAUGGUAAAAGAAAAACAAGCGAAUUUCAGCCACCCAAAACUUUGUAUUCUAAGCAUAAUAAGACUUGAUAUGAUAAAAAGUGAAAUAAGGAAGAAAGAAGCAUAUAAUAACCAUACCAAAGAGUUUUUGUGGGAAAGAAAGUGCUUUUUUCCUAAAGAAAGUGCUUUUGAUGGUGGUUGUGAAGCUACAAAGCAUCCAAUUCUUCACAGCUCCUCCAAAGGAGAUUAGGAUUAGAAAGAAACAGAGCAGAUUUGUUAGAUGUGGGAUAGCAGAGGCAUCUGGUGAGCCAGCUCCAUUGGGGCAGAAAACAAAGUACAAUGACGGGCCAUUUGAGAAGGUUUUUAUGACACUUUUUGCAAGGAAAAUGGAGAAAUUCGCAAAUACCAAGGAGCAAGGGAAGAAGAAAGUGGGAUUGUGGGAUUUUCUUUAUGAUUAUGAAAGGUUUGUUGAUGUUUCAAAGAGAGUAAUGCAGGGGAAGAAUCGAAUGCAACAACAGCUCGUCGUUCGUGAAGUUCUCUUGUCUAUGCUCCCUCCCGGUGCCCCGGCUCAGUUCAGGAAAUUGUUCCCACCAACGAAAUGGGCUUGCGAAUUCAAUGCCUCAAUAACAGUGCCAUUUUUUCAAUGGUUAGUCGGCCCUUCAGAGGUUGUGGAAGUGGAGGUAAAUGGUAUUAAACAAAGAAGUGGAGUUCAUAUAAAGAAGUGCAGGUACCUAGAGAACAGUGGGUGUGUAGGUAUGUGUGUGAAUAUGUGCAAGAUACCUACACAAGAUUUCUUCACUAAUGAAUUUGGGCUUCCUCUCACCAUGAAUCCUAAUUUUGAAGACAUGAGCUGUGAGAUGAUAUAUGGACAGGUUCCACCACCAUUUGAAGAGGAUCCAGUAUCCAAUCAACCUUGCUACAAAGAUAUAUGUUCAAUGGCAAAUAGUAGUACCCCUGUAUGUCCUAAAUUACAACCUUAAAUGUAUUCGAUACUUCGUUUAUACGUCAUUGGGUCCAUAUUAGAGCGUAUAGAUUCUCUCGCAAUAUUAGAGAGGAAACGUCAUAGUUCCUCUGCAAGUGAUAUUAUGUUUGCUAGAUCACAUACGAUGAAGAAGAUAAUCUUCUUAACAUGUUUACAAGAAUAUAGGGAAAAUUUUCAUGAUGUAUAAAUGAUCCAACUUUUUAGCCUUGUAUGAAAGUUUGAGAUGCUAUAUAGUGAAAAUAAAUAA